UCUUAUCGCUUCCGCGUCUCUUCCCGGAAGUGAUUGGUUGGCAUUGGCAACGAUUUUUAGCCACAUCUUUCGGCGUACUAAGUCUUUGUAUAAAGAAAUAAAAGAAAGAAAUCAACGAAGUUUAGGACUUCGAGUUGUUGCAUCCCUCUAAAUCCACUCACCACAGAGGAGCAAGGAGCGAGUACAGACUGCUAACAGAAUGACCAGCUCAUCUGCUCCCAGGAUGGUGAAUAGUUACAAGAGGACCUCAAGCCCCAGAUCUCCGACUAACAGUGGGGAGCUGUUUACUCCAGCACAUGAGGAGAAUGUGCGCUUUAUACAUGAUACCUGGCAGUGUGUGCUCCGAGAUAUCAGAUCAACACAAAAUAGUGAGCGCAAUGACCGUGGACCACAGGAGUAUGUGGAGAAAAACCCAAAUCCUAACCUACAUUCUUUCACACCAGUGGACCUGAGUGACCUAAAAAAGCGCAACACACAGGACUCCAAGAAGUCUUAGUUUUUUCUGUCAUGUUCCUGUUACUUUUUUUUUUUCUUUUCGUCCAUUAUCCUCAAGAAUUUUCGUUUCUCUGCCCUCUGACAGCCAGAAACUUGACCCUGUUGGCAAGUCUAACACAGAAUACAAAUCUCAUUUGUAUACAAUGGACCAUAGCAACCUAUUUGUUUUUUUUUUUUCUUUCUGUUGACAAUGACUAAAAAAAAAAAACCAGGGUUCCAAGGGGAACAGAUUCUCCCUUCUCAUCUUUUCAGGUAUCAAAGUGUUCAUAUUGAUGCUUGUGGUGUGGAUGAGACUGCUCCGGGGGGGUUCAUCAAAAUUUGCUGACAACUGUUGCUGACGCACCGAGUGAAGCCCAACAGGACACAAAGACUGAAGUCUUAAACAAUAGUAAAACUACUUAGAUAUGUUUGGAAGAAAUUGUAAUGGGGAUCACUUCUUUUCUGUUUCAUUCCGGAAAAUAGAUUGAUAAAUUGUGAAACGACCACAUUUGAAAACAUGUUAUGGGCAAGUACUGGAAGGCAAAAUACAAUGUAGAAGGCCAACCUUUUGAUUAAAUCAUCCCUUGCCCUUGGUGGAUUUAAUUUUACAGCCCUUAGUUAACCCCUCUGCUCAAAGCCUUGAAACAAAAAUGUUGAAUAAAAGACUUUUACAGUA